CGCCCCUCUGUGGUCAGCUGACCGGAAGAAGGCCAAGCUUCGCCGGCCAAACAGAGCUGCCGUUCCGCGUCGUUAACUGUGGAAAAGCCGCUUUUACUGUGAGGUGAGCAGAUAAACAGCUCCGCGUUAGCGCCGCCGCUCCUGAAAUCUGACGUUUUAUCAACGAAGCGGCGACAAACCGAGGCGAGCCGCCAUGUUUGCUGCUGGGAACUAGCUUCAAGCUAAAGCGUUAAACUAGAGAUCAGCUGAUCGAGCCGAGAUGAUCCGGAGAGUUUCCUAAGGAAGACGCAGAGAUGGAGGACAGCGACGGGGAAGAGCUGCCAGAGACACCUGCGCUGCCCCUGGAGAUUAUCGUUUACAUCCUGAGUUUCCUCCACGCGUCAGACAGAAAGGAAGCCGCCCUGGUCUGCAGCAGCUGGUACCACGCCAGCCAGGACCUGCGCUUCCAGAAGGACGUCGCCUUCAGCUUCCCGGCCUCAUCUUCCUCCCUGGCGCUGGUCAGAGGUCUGGCCCGAAAGCCCCGCUGUAGCCUGAAGAUCAGCCAGCUGGACGGCUUCAGUGUCUCCAGAUCGCUGCUCCUGGAGGUUGGUGCGGUUCUGGGCCCCAGGGUGGAGAGCCUGGCCCUGCCCUGCAGCAGCAUAACGGAGGCCUCCCUGCUGGCCCUCCUGCCCCGCCUCACCUCCCUGCAGAGGCUCGACAUCAGAGGCCUGGACAGCCUCUUCAUGUCUGGAGCCUUCCUGUCCAGAGAGGAGCACAGACGGCAGGUCCGGGCGGCGCUGAGCGGCCUGGAGGAGCUGGAUCUGUCGGACCUGCGCUACCUGUCUGACCUCACCUUGAACCGGCUCACCGGCUGCACCCCGCGCCUCCGCCGCCUCUCGCUGGCCGGCUGCCACAUCGCCUUCGAGUUCGAUCCGUACCGAGGGCGCCCGGCCGGAACCGCGGCGGACUCCUCGGCCCUCGUGUCCCUCAGGAACCUCCGCAGGCUGCUGACGGAGCAGAGCUCCUCCCUCAAAGCUCUGGACCUCAGCAGGACCUCCAUCACGCCUGAAUCUCUCCGGAUCGUGGCUCAGGUUCAGGAUUUGGUGCUGGAGGAGCUGCAUCUGCAGGGCUGCAAAGAGCUGACGGACUACUCUGUGGAGGUUCUGGUCAAGCACCAGCCCGGCCUGCUGAAACUGGACCUGAGCUGCUGCCCGGAGCUGAGCAGCAGAACCGUCCGGGCUGUAGCCCGAGGCCUGAGGUCUCUGACGCACCUGUCCUUGUCCCGGGACUCCAAGAUCACAGAGAAAGGCCUGGUGGAGCUGCUGUCCGUCUCCUCCCUGGUGUCUCUGGGUCUGUCUGGCUGUCUCCACAGCAGUGGAGCGGAGCUGCAGGAAGACCUGAAGGCGUCCACCGCUGCCACCGCCCAGCUGGAGCUGCUGCACCUGAGCGGCAGCACCAACCUGCAGGACGGUGUGCUCGUCUCGCUCUCCCAGCUCCUGGGCGGCUCUCUGAAGGAGCUGGACCUGACGCUGUGCCUCAGCCUGACCGACCUGUCGCUGUGCUCCAUCUCCGCCGGCCUGCAGAGGCUGGAGGUGCUGCGGCUCGGUUGGUGUAAGGAGGUGACGGACCGGGGUCUGCUGGGGACGGUGCAGGACAGCCGGCCUGAGACGGGAGACGGAGGCCCCAGGUUCACCAGGACCUUCGGCAACAUGGGCUUCUUCCAGCCCCCCCGGAUGCCCUUUGAGGAGCGGCCCACUCCGGUGAGCCGGGAGGAGCUGCAGCGCCUGGAGCGCCGCCACGGAGCCUCGCUCUCAGCCCUGAGACGGCUGACGGAGCUGGACCUGUCGGCCUGCAGCAAGCUCAGCGACGCCAGCAUCACCCAGGUGGUGCAUUUCCCAGACCUGCAGCGUCUGUCUCUCUCCAUGCUGCCAGAAAUCAGCGACGCCAGCCUGGCGUCGGUGGGCCGGCGCUGCCGCAGCCUCACCAGCCUGCAGCUCAGCCACUGUCCCGGCAUCACGGACCGCGGCGUGGCCCAGGCCCUGCCCUACCUGCGCCGCCUGCAGCAUCUCUCGCUGUCCUGCUGCGACAACAUCACCGACAGGACGCUGCAGCUCCUGAUGCAGCACUGCAGCCGUCUGAAGACGCUCGACGUCUCCAUGUGCAAAAACGUCUCUGUGACGGCGGUGGACCUCCUGCAGGCCCAGCUGCCCUUCCUGGAGAACGUCCAUCACAAGUUCAUAGGCGUGGCUGAUCUCAGCCUGACAGACUGAGCCAUCGCUGACCCCCCCCCCCCCCCCCCCC